GGAGGAAGCGGAGGACGAUCAGCUGAGGAGGGAGGAGCUCGCAUCGGCCCCGCAACUUGUGUCUAAACAGCUCCGUGUUUCCCUAGCUGCCAUGUCUGCGUGACGAGCCCCGGAUCACAGGGCGAGCCCGGGAGCUGCCGCCAUGAGAAGAGACGGGGGAUGCGGCAUGAGGUCGGCGGUGGGCUUCCUCUCCCGCAGAGGCCUGCACGGGGACCCGCUGCUGAAGGAGGACUUCCAGCGGAGGAGGCUGCAGGCCUGCAGGAACCUCUACAAGAAGGACCUGCUCGGACACUUCGGUUGUGUCAAUGCUAUCGAGUUCUCCAACAGCGGGGGGCACAUGCUGGUGUCAGGAGGAGAUGACCGCCGCGUGUUGCUGUGGCACAUGGAAGAAGCCAUCCAAGCAAAAGCUAAGCCCAUCCAACUUAAAGGGGAACAUCAUUCAAACAUAUUUUGCCUGGCGUUCAAUAGCUGCAAUACCAAGGUGUUCUCCGGAGGAAACGAUGAACAGGUGAUCCUCCAUGAUGUGGAGAGUGGUGAAACCCUGGACGUCUUCACUCAUGACGAGGCCGUGUACGGACUCUCAGUCAGCCCAGUCAAUGACAAUGUCUUUGCCAGUUCGUCAGACGAUGGAAGAGUCUUAAUAUGGGACAUACGGGAGUCUCAACAGGGAGAUCCUUUCUGCUUGGCUCAUUAUCCCUCAGCCUUUCAUAGCGUUAUGUUUAACCCUGUGGAACCCAGGCUGCUGGCCACUGCCAAUUCCAAGGAAGGUGUUGGACUCUGGGACAUCAGAAAACCUAAUACAUCUCUUCUACGCUACGGUGGAAACCUUUCCCUGCAGAGCGCAAUGAGUGUGAGGUUCAACAGCAACGGGACCCAGCUGCUAGCCCUGCGCCGACGCCUGCCUCCGGUCCUCUACGACAUUCACUCACGUCUGCCCGUAUUCCAGUUCGACAAUCAGGGCUACUUCAACUCGUGUACCAUGAAGAGCUGUUGUUUUGCUGGAGACAGAGAUCAGUACAUCCUCUCCGGCUCAGAUGACUUCAACCUGUACAUGUGGAAGAUCCCGUCCAGCCCAGAAGCAGGUGGACCAGGAAGAGUUGUAAAUGGCGCCUUUAUGGUACUGAAGGGACAUCGAUCAAUUGUCAAUCAAGUGCGAUUCAACCCUGACUCCUACAUGAUCUGUUCAUCAGGUGUUGAGAAGAUCAUAAAGAUAUGGAGCCCUUACAAGCAGCCACACUGUUCUGGGGAUCUUGAUGGUGAGAUGGAGGAUGAUUCCCGCAGUUUGUACACACAUGAAGAAUACAUUGGACUUGUGCUCAAUAGUGGAAGUGGAUUGUCCCACGAUUACGCCAACCAGUCAGUCCAGGAAGACCCUCGAAUGAUGGCAUUUUUCGACUCCCUUGUCAGACGUGAGAUAGAAGGAUGGAGCUCAGACUCUGAUAGUGACAGCACAAUUCUGCAGCUCCAUCCUGGAGUCAGCGAGCGCUCUGCUUACAGUGACUCUGAAUCGUCAGCAGCUUCCGUACCUCCUUCUCCUGCACCGGUCCCCGGAGAGUCUGAUGAGGCUGCCACUGCUGGGGAAUCGCAGAGAUCAAACGAAUCUCCUUCUAGAAGACCCAGGACUACAUCUCAAAAAUUACGACUAUUAGCACUUACAAAAUAUCAAGACAAAUAUCUAGCAGCUAUUGCCAACAAUUCCGACUCUGAGGAUAAUGCAGGGGAAACGGAAGCGGAGAGAAGCGCACUUCCUCGCUCCCCAAGUCCUGAGGAGGACCGAUCGAGCAGCAGUAGCAGCAGCAGCAGUAGUAGUAGCAGCGAUGAGGAGGACACCCUUAAUGACCGCAGGAGUUCAAUACGACAGCGCAAUGCAUUAAGGCAGAAGCAGAAAAUGCAGAAGGAGGAAAAGGCAAAAUUGAACUCUGAAAGUACAUCUGCAAUAAUUGGGGAGGAUGUGCACGAUUACCCCCAGAUUACAGUGAAUGAACAAUCUACAUCUGCCGAGUCUUCACCGGACAGAAGAAGUCCUACUAGGGCAGACCGGAAAUCUUCACUCUGCCCUAACAUAGACUCUGUUGAAAGGAAGAUCUACAAAGCUUACAAAUGGCUUCAGUAUUCGUAUAUAUCUUACUCUAAAGGUAAAGAGGGCGAAUCUUCCACUGUGGGUGGAGAUGCUGACGACACAAGGCCAGGAACAAGCAGUAGGAGUAGUAAUACCUUGCCACUCGCUAUAGAAAAUGAUCAUACUUCCGACAGUAAAGACUCCUUACUAGAUAGCCUUAACCUCCGGAAGAAGUAUCAAAACGAAAAGCAUUUCUGGGUGGAAGAAAUAGAGAAUUCUUCGCAAGACACAGGGUCUAUCGAAUAUUCAUCUGAGUCCAAAAAACUGAACGGAACUUCUGUCCAUAAAGAAUUAACAUCUUGCUCCGAGGACUCUUGUGAUCUGCGCGACGGUAACACAGUGCAAACCAGCACCGAAUUCAUAGUAAACCAGCAAUCCCCCUGUUCUGACAGUAAAAGCACAGACAGCAGCGUAAAGAGCCAGGAGGGGGAAGUAAAAGAGGAGGACGCAGAUGUCACCUGUACUCGCCAGAGCAAUGGUCAUCUGCAUCUCCACCCCACAGACUCCAACAACAGUGGGCAGAGUUAUGUGGAGCAGGUAACGGCGUGUUGCCAUACACACUCCAGUAUAGACAGCACUAACUCCAUGCAGGUGGUGACACCGCUACACCGGUGCAUGUGUUUAACAGAAGUGGGCUCUACCAGGAGUACCAAAGAGAAUGCCACAUGCCAUGCAGACAAUGGAGGUUUACAGCCUUCCAGUGGGCUGAAAAGACACUGGCAAGAGGAGUGUGAAAAUUCUUCCUCUGAAAAGAAAAGGAAGCUAUAGGUUUGGGUAUCCUCAUAUGCUUGAGGAGCAUCCCUAAGUGUGUACAAAAAAAAAAAUCUGGGGCUAUAUCUGUCAAUUUUAGGAGAUGUAGCCCCGGCUGAGUUUGCACUAAAAGCAGCAGUGUUUCCUUUCAGCAAUUUUUUUUUUUUUUAAUAAUUUUUCCUCCCUCUCUCCCAUGUUAAGGUUUGGUUUGGUGAUAACGUGGGCGCCUGCACUGGUGGGUGGAUAGGAAGUGACACCAUGACGCGGCAAAAAUCUGAACUGGUCUCUUUUCUGUAUAUUGCCAAAGCAAACAAACACUUGAUCGAUCUGAUCAAAAUAUCUGUGACAAGAAAACCUUAGGACUGACCCAUGAAAUUAAAGAAAAUCCUUCUUUCCAGUC